UUUUACUCGUAUUUGAAAUUAUUUAUUCAUUAAUCUGGAUGACAGCAGCAGUGGGACAUUCCAUCUAAACAACAAUACGAUGGCGUCUGCCGUUGACAGUCCAGAGGUGCUGAACCUGACACGCCAGCACUUGAAAAAGGUUGAACCUGCUCCAGGAAACCUUCAUUACUCUAGCCUGCUACUGGAUCACAACGAUAUUGCUAGGUUGGAAAAUGUUGAAACUUAUUGUAGCCUCAUCAAGUUUUCAGCGUCCCACAAUCAGUUAGUCCGAAUGUAUGGCGUUGCUAGGCUGUACAGCCUAAGAGUUUUGAAUCUAUCGCACAACAACAUUGUCUCGAUAGAAGGUUUAAAGGACAUGAAGUACCUAUCCCACCUGAACCUCGGGGGUAACAACAUCAAAAACAUAGAGCACCUCAACGCCAACUUGCUCCUGGAGCACCUCGACCUAUCUGACAAUGCCAUUACGACGAUACCAGACCUUUCCAGCAUGAAGCUACUUCGUCGGCUACACUUGCAAUCGAAUCGCAUUAAAACACUUCAGUUUUGCGACAAAUUUCUACCAACCAGCCUAACGACCCUGACGUUGGCGGAGAAUUGCUUAACCGACCUGAACGAAGUCUCCCGGCUGGCCCACCUAGUCUACUUAGAAGUGUUCAGCAUAGCCGGAAAUCCCUGCUGCUCAUCUGGCGAUGUUUACCGGCCGUUCUUGCUCAAUUGGCUACCGGGCCUGAAAAUUCUGGACGAAACGCUGGUCAGCGCCAAGGAAAGUUUGGUAGCCGAAUGGCUUUUUUCACUGGGCAAAGGCCGACAGUUCAAAAUUGGCCAGCACGACGAAGUAAUGGCAUAUCUGAUCUCAAUCCGGCCCGAAAUUGGAGGCUUGACGAACGGAUCUCAAUCGGACGUGGAAGGCAGCUCUGGAAAACUCGACAAGAUACUCAAUUUGGCCCGUCAGAAUCAUUGCGAUUUACAGCUGGCCGUCUCUGCCACUUCUUCGCCAACCCCAACACGGCGGACGGUCCCGUCACCAGCUGUCAAGAAAACGGUUCCACUUCGAAAACAAACAUCACCCCCAAAAGACAAUACAUCGGCAAAAGCCAACAGGCCGUCCAAGUCGACUUAUGAAGAUGAUUUGAGCUUAGAGCCUAUGCCGGCCUUAAUGUACACAAGUUUGGACCCUUCGUCUACGAACUUGGCCCUCGAAAGAAGUUCCAGCGGCACAUUAAUGCCCGGCAAUCGUCCCGCCCGUCCUGUUUCUGCUCAGCAUUUCGGCACGGAGGACGAAGAAGGGCUGGAACUGGCCGGACAGUCGAGUCUGCGAAGAGCGGCCUCGGCUUCCCAGCAAACGCGUAAGCCGGUGUACAACCGUUCGACGUCGCACCAACCUCGCAAUACCAAGCCCGUCUCUAAAUUACCGAUGAGAAAGAGCGCGACGGAAAGAAGCGUCCUAAUGUCCGCUCCAUCACACGUGACGUCCAUCCCGAAAUUUUCUGAAACUCAGGCCGCCGUGGCCAUUCAAAAAGUGUGGCGAGGAUAUCAAACGCGCAAUUUAAACCCGGUCGUCGUCCGUUUGAAGGAUCACGUUCGAUUGAGCCGGACGGAAGAGCACGUCCAGCACCUCCAUCGCCAGCUAGCCCAGCCUAACUCAAUCAACGGCCCAGCUGUGAAGAACGUGGCAGAUUCGGACGAGUUUCUUCAAUUACGCGAGUCUCACGAUCGACUUCAACGUCAGGUCGAUGAUUUGCAACAAUCGCUGCAGCAAGUGCUGGACUGGAUGAACUCGUCCGCUCAACAGCCGGUGCCACGUCCUCGCACUCUGCCGUUAACCUCCAAAUCGGCGCCUAGCGCCCAGCAGCCAGUCGAGCAUUUCGCUCAGGGAAUGGCCGAUCGAUUGAUGCAGGCCGUUAGCGAACCCGUUUCACGUCAGGAACCACCGUCCUCAUCGACAGUCGUCGGCCUUUUACCCUGAACGGAUCGAAAACACAAUCGGCGGGAUUUGCUUUUUUUUUUUGUUUAAAUGAAAGUUCUAGUCAUUGAAGACCACCUCACACAUUACGAACAAACUUUGUAACGAGCUUUUGAGAAAUGGGCUGGAAUGGUUUUGUUUCUGUGUGUGCGUGUGUGUCUCGUCUCAUACAAAACCUUUCGGUCUCUACGUCACCUGAUUUCCACCCCGUCACAUUUUUUGCUUCUCAUUUUCAUUGUUGAUUCUACUUAUGAAUAAUUAGCUUUGGAAUUUUCUUCUCUCUUCAUUUUUUGUUUUGUCCUCUUCUUCACGUUUUCUCAGCAUCGCGUGUCUGCGUCAUAAUGAUGAUAUAUACAUAAUGCGUUCCGCCUGUU